CCUCAUUCCUUUUCCGUACUUCCCAUUCAUCACCCAUCACCCUUCACUCGUCCCCGCAAACGAAACCGCCUCAGGAGCAGCAGUUACCAGGACAACCACCAUCAAUGUACCCAGGCCAGUACUCGCAGCAGCAGGGUUACGGAGGAUAUGCCCCUCCUCAAGGAUACCCUUACGGCGGCAACCCCUAUCCUCCUCCAGACCAACAGUACUACGCACCUCCUCCGGGACAGCCGUAUUACCCGCCCCCUGCCUCAUCGCCUUACGGAUACGCCCCACCAGCCGACGGCCCACAGUAUGGCUAUGCUCCUCAGCAGCAGCAGCAGUAUGCUCCACCAGCGCACUCGAUCCCUCAGCAAACGUUUACACCAGCAGAUGUUCCGCCUCCGCCAGAAGGAUGGGCUGUUCGGGAGAGUCCGAAGAGGGACCGGCCAGCAGACUUUAAGCUGUCGAAUUGCCAGGGUCGCAAAAGGGCACUCUUUAUCGGUAUCAAUUACUUUGGUCAAAGCAGCGAGCUCAGGGGAUGCAUUAACGACGUGAAGAACAUCAAGAGCUUUGUCAUCGAGCGCUUUGGGUUCAAGGAAGAUGACACGAUCACCCUGACAGAUGACCAGGAAGAUCCGACCCGCAUCCCGACACAUGCCAAUAUCUUGGCGGCCAUGAAGUGGCUCGUUCAUGAUGCUCGUCCCGACGAUUCGUUCUUCUUCCACUACAGUGGACAUGGUGGCCAGGUCGCUGAUGAGGAUGGCGACGAAGAUGACGGAUAUGAUGAGACUAUUUAUCCAGUCGAUCACGAGAAAGCCGGUGUCAUUAUCGACGAUACCAUGCACGAGAUUAUGGUCAAUCCCUUGCCUGCAGGAUGCCGAUUGACCGCCAUCAUGGACUGCUGCCACUCGGGAUCAGCACUCGAUCUUCCAUAUAUCUACAGCACCACAGGAGAUAUUAAGGAGCCAAAUAUAUUGGCAGAUGUCGGCACAGGCGUCCUGGCUGCAGGAAUGGCCUACAUGAAUGGUGAUAUGGGAGGAUUGUUCCGUGGUCUCGGAGGAUUGGGCAAGAAGUUGAUGGCACACAAGAACAGGGACAAGGACUUGGAAAAGAAAUCCAGUCAAGCAGAUUGUAUCAUGCUCAGCGGAUGUAAGGAUACACAGACCUCGGCAGACACACAUGAGCAGGGCUUUGGCAUGACAGGAGCCAUGACAUUUUCUUUCAUCUCGGCACUAACGGCCAACCCACAUCAGAGCUACCUGGAGCUGCUGAACAGCAUCCGUGAUAUCCUGCGCUCUAAGUAUGAGCAGAAACCCCAGUUGAGCUCCAGUCAUCCAGUAGAUUUGAGCCUCAUCUUCACCAUGUAACAGGAUCCACCGCCUGCAGCGAGCAACCGAAUAUGAUAACUUCAGACAAAGACAUGCCAUUUUGCAUGUAUGCUGUAAUGCACCAAAUAAACAUUCCAUUUAUACCACG